CCGGAGAGUCGCAACAUUUUCCAACCCCGCACUUUUUUCUUUUCUUUUCUUUGUUUUUUUGCAGCCUUAAGCUUCAAGCCAGAUGUUCACUUUUCAUCCAUCGUUUUAACUUUUUGGCGCUCUGCAUAAAAAGGUGACCUUUCUGCUAUUUCAGCCGAAUCCUCAAUUUAGUGUCUUCCCAGCUCCAACACCCUAGUCAGGCCAUGGAGUACAGUGCUGGAACACACAUUUUGGUCUUCCCAUAUCCAGCUCAAGGACACAUUAUACCAAUGUUAGACCUAACCAACCAGUUAGCCACCACCGGCCUAACCAUAACCAUAUUGGUCACCCCAAAAAACCUCCCUCUCUUAAACCCUAUCCUCACCACACAUCCAUCACUCAAAACUCUAGUCCUUCCUUUCCCUUUACACCCUUCGAUCCCACCUGGGGUGGAGAACGCCAAGGACUUGCCUGCAAACUAUGUUCCUUUCAUAAUGCAAGCUAUGGGUAAACUCUAUGAACCUUUGCUCAGCUGGUUCAACUCUCACCCUUCCCCGCCCUCGGCAAUAAUAUCUGAUAUGUUCCUUGGAUGGACCCAGCAACUGGCCGGCCAGCUCAACAUCCGUAAUAUCGUGUUCUCACCUUCAGGUGCCAUGGCGUUGUCUAUUAUUUAUUCCCUGUGGCGCUAUAUGCCUAAGAUAGAACAAGAUGAUCAACUAUUCCCAUUUUCGAAGAUUCCAAAUUGUCCGACAUUCCCAUUGUGCCAGGUGUCUCCUCUGUACCGCAGUUACGUUGCAGGGGAUCCACUUUCGGAAUUUAUCAAGGAUGGGUUUGUAGGUGAUAUAAGGAGUUGGGGUCUUGUUAUCAACUCAUUCACCGAGUUGGAAGGUGUUUACUUGGAUCAUUUGAGGGAGGAGUUGGGUCAUGAUCGAGUGUGGGCAGUAGGACCUUUACUUCUUCCUAAAACUGAUUCAUCUAGGACUAAAGAGAGAAGUGGGCCCACUCCAAUUUCUGUAGAAGGUGUAAUGACAUUUCUUGACACGUGUAAGGAUCAUACUGUGGUUUAUAUCUGUUUUGGGAGUCAAACUGUGUUGACAAAUCAUCAGAUCGAAGAACUUGCGUCUGGAUUGGAAAAGAGUGGGAUCCAUUUCAUAUGGUGCGUAAAGGAACCCACAAGAGAACACGAUGUAGAAGGAUAUGGCAAAUUCCCAUCAGGAUUUGAAGACAGCGUCGCCGGGAGAGGAUUUAUAAUCAGGGGAUGGGUCCCACAAGUUCCGAUUCUGAACCACCGAGCUAUUUGUGCAUUCUUGACUCACUGUGGUUGGAACUCGAUCCUCGAAGGAAUAGUGGCUGGAGUACCAAUGCUGGCUUGGCCCAUGGGAGCUGACCAAUUUACUAAUGCUACCUUACUAGUUGAUGUUCUGAAUGUGGGUCUAAGGGUGUGUGACGGUGCAAAUACUGUGCCUAACCCCGACGAGUUGGCACAAAAGCUAGUGAAAUUGGCGAGUGAGAAUCUAGCUGAAAGAGAGCGAGCUAAGCAACUGAGGGAUGCUGCAUUUGAUGCUCUUAAAGGUGGGUGUUCUGCGAAGGAUUUUGAGAGUCUGGUCCACCAUAUGGUCGCAUAGGAGAUAAGAAAACCAUUUUUUACAUAUAUAUAUAUAUAUUUUUCCCUUUUGUAACUCGGCGUUAUUUUUCAUUCUAAUGAAU